CUUUUCAAAUGUCAAAAAACUAUGAUUGAUGACAGUACGCUCUCUUUCUUAUUUCGUUUAUCAGAAUAGCAAAACCCAUAAUGUUAAUCAAAUAUUGGGUAUCGUUUACUUGGCGUAAUAUCUCUUACUAACUGUGGAUUCUUCCUUGAAAUUGUCCUAAACUUGUUAAACAUAAUAAAGUGGCAUGCUGCAUGCUUUCACCAAAUAUCCAACACGUUUUCGAAGAUGUUCUAAAAACGAUAUUAUGUAAUAUUUCUUCGUUGAGUACAUAAUUCUUUAUUUUGCAACGAUGAACGGUUCGUGUAAAUAAUUGGAAUCAUUGUUUAGAUAUUAAAGAUACUCUAUAAGGAAUAGUAAUUGUCAUGCAAGGAGUACUACUAUAUUGACCUUGAAAUUCUUAUGUACUUCGUCAGCAGUGCAUACAUUGAAAAGAGAAUCAUUAAUUUUCUUUACGUUUAUUAUUAAUUCACUGUUAAUUUUGAAUAAAUAUUAAGUUACUACAUCCUAAAAAUUUAUGUCUAUAUAUAAAAAUAAAUUUAUGAAGGUGGACAAGUAUGAAACAUUAAACAUGCCUCAUGGCUGGAGGCAGGAGCAACAACAAGCGAAGUGGAAAUUUAGACAGGACAUGUCAAUGGCUUCGUUGCCAUCAGCUGUAUGCUUCUGUCGUGCCUGAGCUUCCUUCAAGUGAAACAUUUAAAAGGUACCAAGAAGCAGAGAAGAACCGCAUUGUUGCAAAAACUCUAAGUGAUCUACAAAAUAAUAUUUUAAGAAUAUUUACGGGCUCCUUGUAUUGUGAUCUUAACAUAAUACAUGGAUAUAAUGUAAUACGAACAAACCAGUGUAUUAUUAAAACAAGAGCCCCACAUUUUUAUAAGGUCCUCAAGUCUUAUUUUGUAUACACUAACAAUCACAUUGAUUGCAUCCUUGAUAAUCCAGGAAUUUUUCAUCACAUUGAAGGCUUUGUGAGGCUUUUAUAUAGCAAUUCAAACUGCUCACAAGAAGAACAACUAUUGGUAGCCAUUAUUUUGAAUGUUACUCGCCAAUCAAGAUUUGUGAAUGCAUCCUGUGUUGAUACUAUUUCCAACAUCAAUAAAAGAUAUGCCAAUUGUACAACAACAGACUGCAAUUCAACAACUGGCACUAAAAGUGCGAGAAAUGUGAGAGAGUAUGCCACAGUGGAUUUAAGUCCCACUUUAUCCGAUAUGGCUGAUUCUGGUUUAGAAACUGGUUCUGUAAGUCCACACGAAAAUACAACGUCCGAGAAUUCGAGUACUGAUUUUGAGGAAUUGCAAGUCACAGGGUAUACCUCUCCGAACGAUGAUUUUGAUAACGUACGUGUUAGACGCGUAAAUAAUAAAGAUCAGAAAGUAGUAGACGCAGAGCGCUAUGAUUCAGCGAAUAACUAUAGUAGCACAUGCCAUAUAAAGGAUUUGGUAGAAUCAGGAUUGAUGGAAUGUACUUCGAACGAACAUAGCGCAACGUGUUCUUCUGUCGAUGCAGAACAACCGCAACUAGAUUCUUCUAGUUCAUCCACAGAUAAUGCUCAAAAGGCGAAAUUACACACGGAUGAAAUUUUUCAAUACGAAAACCACGUACUUAGCGAUCCAUUUUAUGAGUCAGAUUGCGGUAGCGACGAAAACGAGUCGUUUGAGUUUAUUGAUCUCGGUAACGCAUCUUCUGUGAGCACCGAUGUAGACAAGGAAUCCGCAAAGGGGGAAUCCACGGGAAAGCAGCAAGAUGAAAAGUUACGCCAUUCCAGUUAUUCUCAAAGUGAAAAUGCACAAUCGGAAAAUGUAAGACUUGAAGUGUCUUUCAAUAUACCGAAACAAAAAAGUUCCUCUAAUGCAAGCAAUUAUUAUUUUAUCGAUGCAUCGACUCUCAAUGACGAAGUAGAAGUUUUAGCUUCGAGUGUAACUAACAAUCAGUGCUUUGAUGGCAAGCCACAAUCGUAUACCUGUUAUUCUUCUGAAUAUGUCGCAAGUAGUUCUAAUGACCUUGCGGACGAUCAGUGUUAUAAAUUUACGUCUUUAAAAACUUCUAAUUUACAAACAGGACACGAAAGAGUGGCAGAGUUCGAAAGAGAAUUAAAACUUACAGAAUAUUUAGAACCGCUUACGGAUACACGGAAGAUAAGAAGAACUGAUUCUACAUCCGAGGAUAAAAUAAAUGUAAACGCAGAAACGAACAAAGAAUCUUUGGUUGUAGAAAUUAAAGAAGCAGACAGUGGCGAAAGCGCACACCCUUCUCCUUGUCCUGACAAUAAUAAAAAUAUAAACAAUGAUCGACCUGUCAUAUCGCGAGUAACUAACGACAAUGAUACCAUUGUUAAUGUAAUUAAUAAAACAGAAACGAACGACAAAGAUACAAAUUUAGUCGAAGAUACUCGGAGACCUUCUCUCAUUAGGAGAAAUACAUUUGAACUAGAUCCUAAUGACGAAAAGAUAUCAGUCUUAAGACAAGAGUAUGAACGACGACAAGGUAAUCUUGUGUUUCAAAAUGCUAUACCUCAAUAUUCAGGGCAUCGCGUCGAUGGUGAUUCAUGUUUUAUUCCGCCAGAUGAACCUCCAAUUCCUGUAAGCACUGUAAUGAACCAGUUUAAUAUAGAUGUUCAAAUUCCAUCUAGUACUCAAUAUCAUGCAAUACCAUAUCUAUCAUUAGACAGUGGGAAGUAUGAGAUUAAUCAGACACCGCCAGAAAAUAAUAAUUCUCUGCAAAGUGACAGUAAAACUGGUAUAAUUUAUCCUGUAAUGAAAAGUGCCAGUGAAGAGGUUAUAGAUUACCAUGCAGAGCUGGAAGAUGCGUCGACCAGUUGUAGUAACAGUUUGCCUGUUACGCUAAAUUUCAUUUUAGAAAAAGGUAAUAGAACAGACACGCUAAAGAAGAUUAAGUGUGACGAGAACACACCUAUUAUUUCUGGCGGUGUUAGCACUUCGGAUUACUCUAAGCCUACCGAUAGUCCUACUGUCCGUCGGAAGACUGAGUCAACACCUAUCGUUUCGGGGGGUUCCGUUAUUAUGGGUGAACCUGAAUCGAGAACAAAACCUGCAAGAAUGGCUUCUUCUAUGACUGCUUGGGUAGUUGAUAUGAGCGAUUGCAACAAAACCGAAACCAAAUCGACGAACAAUUCCCAUGUAGGCAUGUCCCAAAGUUUUUCAACUUCCGAAUGUGUCAAGAAACCUGUCAGAAAAACGAGUGUUCACGACAAACAGGGUAGUUUGGGUUUCUUUGUUAAUCUAAAAGAUAUGGAUCGCAAACCUGUUACACAGCAACAGCUGUGUACAGCAGAGAAGAAAGAACAGAAUGGCAGUAGUAAAUCUUAUUGCGAAUUUUACGUUGAUAUAUCCAGUACAAAUGCUGCGGCGAAAAAUAAGAAACCGGAAACGGAAGAGACUACUAACAAAUCUGAAAAGCCUAUCGAAGGAGGUGACAAGAAAAAUAUUUUCUCCAUGUUUAUCGAUUUAAGUGAUUCGUCUAAGAGCACGGGAAGUACUGUACAACCUACUCACAGGAGAAGUUUCUCUACAUUUUGUGAUAAACGAGUGGAAACAAAGUUGAACGAUACUAAUUCCAGCGAGAACAGUACAACAAGUAGGCCAGACCAAUCGUCGAGCGAUCAAAAAUCUACUAAAGAAAAAGUUAAACCAGUAUUUAUGUACAUAGACUCCGAUUCUCCGGUGGUAAGACGAAGAACUCUGUCUUCGUCUCGGCCAGCGUUUAAACGGCACUCCUGGAACGUCGAUAAAACCCAAGGUGCUAAUAACAAUGGACACGUUGCAAAAGAAAUAAUGUUCAGAAAAGAGCACAAACGUGCGCAUAGUCUCUCCGUAGAUCGGGGCGACCUGAAGAAACUACAAGCGAAACAAAGUUCUUCGAAUCAUUCUUUAAGCGAUGCAACAAAAUCAGAAUGUGCUAGUCAGAGAAAUUCCAAAUUUCUUCAGGAAGGAAACGGAGCCGUAAGUAACAUGGACACAUCUUCGGAAGAUGUCUUCGAAUACGAUGUAAGAGAUACACCUCCGAAUUCUCACGUCGAAGUAAUUAACGAGGAACUUCGCGUGAGUGUAAAAGAACACGAAUAUACGGAAUUAAAAGCCGAACGAACUACGGAGAACCUUAACGCUACCGAUGUUAAAGCGUACGAAGACGAAUAUUCGGAAACCUCCGCGUGGGAGAAAACGUGUACAGAGAGUACCGAAGGACAGACACGUAAAAGCGAAACGUUUGACAUUAGUAGCGGUAGCGGACCAUCUCCCGAUAGCGAUAAUCACGAUUACGAAUUAUCCGAGUUAUUAAAUGGUGAAGUGCCAAAUAUAGAUCGAACCCAAGUAAUUCCUGCUGUAGGUAAUAAAAUAUCUGAAACUCAUAAAUCUUUGAACGAAACGAUCAAGAAAAUUGAAAGCGAAUUGAAAAGUCCAGACUAUACGAAGCCAGAGGCAACGUAUGACAAUCAUAACGCGAAACAUAAUGCAACGGCGAAGAAAAACGAGAGGACCAUGGGACUUAAUCUCAAAGCGACAACAUCGAACUUUGUGCGAUUGUCAGAUCUGGAUAAAACGCCUGUUGCAUCUCAUACGACGGAUAUGUUAACUAUAAAAGAAGAUAGAACUGCGUAUCGUAUGUGUAACAGUAUUCCAGAAACUUCUUGGAUCGAAAGUAAAUUGGUUAUGUCGAGAACGAAUGGCUCUGUUAGGCCACUUCCUAGAAAAUUCCCUUCUGUCAUGAGCACUUCUCUACCGUCUAAGCAAAAGUCUCCUCUGGAAGACUUAACGGGAGAAUAUGAUGGCGAAGGUAUCAUAUCGGAAUCUGAUUUGAGCAGUAUGCAGAGUAGCAUGGGUCGUUCUGGGGCUGAAGGUAGUACAGAAGAAACUGAAACGUCGAGUUUAGCGGGAGCAAGACCGUAUAAUCGAUUGGGAGAAGAUUUGUUAAGAAUGUUCUUAGAAGAAAUUAAUACAGACGUUACAAUCGAUGUAGCUGGUCGUCGUAUAAGAGCACACAAAUGUAUAUUGAGUUCUCGUUGUCAAUAUUUUGCGGCGAUUCUUAGCGGAGGAUGGAUCGAAAGUGCAGGGAAUGUUAUUUCUUUGCAAGGAUAUUCGUACGAUGCGGUACAUUUUGCAUUGUGUCACAUAUACAGUGGCGAAAGUAACAUACCAGAUUCUAUAAGUAUAGUUGAAUUGGCAACAUUAGCUGAUAUGCUAUGCUUGGAAGGGCUUAAAGAAGUUAUUGGAUAUACGCUUAAAGUUAAAUAUUGUCAUCUAUUCCAUAAGCCUUGUCAAAUAUGCGCUGUUGGCGUAUUGGAAUGUAUGCCCUUGGCAGCGGCUUAUGGUCUCGACGAAGUGUAUCGAAAAUCUCUUCGAUGGAUUACCAGACAUUUUGUACGAAUAUGGCCGUGUAAAGCAUUCGCAACCCUUCCACGAGAACUCAUGGAAAAAUGUUACCACCAACAUAUUGUACACAUGUCUACGGACAACGUACUUCAAACUAUGAUGGAUUGCGACAAGCUCCUUGCAACCUUGCCAAAUAUUCGUUGGGCAGAACCAGUGUUUAGAAUGGUGUCAAAUUUGUUAGAAACGUCGGUAAAGUUUUUAUCGGAUAAUUUCUCAGGGGUACUGGGAAACGAGAAUUUUCAAUCUCUUGGUCGCGAAUUAACAUGGAACAUCAGUCGUUUAGAGGAUAAUUUCUUGGCGGCUGCGGAACGUUUGCCUCCCGAACAGGCAUGCAAAAGUUAUUCAAAGUUACAUAAAAUGUUGGCUUCCGCGCAACUAGAUGAAGCUCAAGAAAAAAUUAAAUGGGGUCCUCUGUUUGUUGACUUUUUGAAAAAAAUUCAGUGCCGCGUGGAAAAGUGCUUAGUCAGGGACGCAGCACGAGCAGCAAGAACCACCACAUGGUUAAAAAUGGACCUAGAGCUUCGACGUAGAAUACAAGAAUUGGCAUGCCUUGUGAUUCUACCUCAUGAAACUUCGAAACGUCAAUCGAGGCAUUCUAACUUUGUAAAAGAAACAAGACCAGUGUCGAGUCGUUUAACAACGAAUCGCAGUUUGGAUUUGAAGCGCGUAAAAAUGGUUAUUUCUGAACAUAAUGACAGAACUUUAAAACAAAUGACGACGGUACAACAAACAAAGAAGGUGAUUAACAAACCAAAAAGCGAUCCAUUGGAACGUAAAAUGCAAGAUGAUAAGCCGACUACUGCAGAUACAAGUAGACCGAAAUCGUGGCCCAAUAAAAUAGAGGUAAAAUCGAGGUAUUUGGAACCCAGAAAUAAAUCUGUUCCUAAAGAAAUUGUACAACCAACACACCCGGAAAAGAUAAUCGUUCAACCGCGUCGAAAAAUAAUGAUUUCGUCCUCGGAUUCAUCCCGAACGUCUAGCCCGGCAAUGAAACGCGCCACCGAGAAAAAGACACUAGCAAAGAUCAAAUUACCCAUUAAAAAAGACGUGAAAGCUCUUUCUUCGGACAGUUUAACAGAACCUAACGCAACUAGAACGAACAUAAAAAAAGACUUGCUUAGCAAGAGCUGCGGCAUUACACGGCCAGAGUCGCCAACUUUUAAACAGAAAAACGCGGAAAUAGGUUUAUCUGUGGAUUCUUUAGCAGAAUCGAAAAAUAAGCCGACAAUUGCUAAAAAGAAAACGAGUAAAAUGGAUACAUCGAUGUCUACGGACAGUCUUAUGACUGAAAUCACAACAACGCCUAAAUCAAAUGCGUCAAAUAAACUUUCACCGACUUUAGGGAAGACAACGAACAAGGUGCAAGUUUAUGACAAAGCAAAGAAAAGUUCGCCGCCGAUACAAACAAGAAGCCCGCUCACUAUAGCAAGAAGAACGCCUAGAUCUUUGGAAAGUUCGACUGCGGCAAGUAGAAGCAGGGCAGCAGCUAUAAGCGCUUACCAUGGUUCGCCUAGUUUGCGAAGAAGUCUUCUAGAUGCUGCUAAGACACCCGAUGUUCCAAGUAAGUCAUUGAAUAACGUGUCGUGUAAACCCACAAAUAUACGACCGAUUACGCAAUCCAUGAGCAAUCACCCUACCGUAAAGAAAGAUAAGAAAGAAGGAGUGCCGAAUCAACAGGGUUCCGAGAGCCCUAGCAAAAGAUCUUCCCCAAAAUCAUCUGGCACUAACAGAAUAAGUAAAACUGCUGCGGUCGUAAAUAAAAGAACAACUAGUAAGACCCCUUGCGACGAAAAGGUAAAAAAUAAGUGCCAUAAUGGGGAAGUUGCCAAACAACCUAUGGUGGGCUCUAGAUCGGGAACCUUUCUAAAAGACGAGCCCACGAUACUUAAAAAAGCAGAUAUUAAAUCUUCUCAGAUCAAUACUUAAAUUUAUAGAUCAGUCGCUGCGUAUGUUUUUGUACAUACAUCGCGGCUAUUAGUUUUAUGAAUUAUAUAUAAAACUAUCAUCUGUAAUCGCAAACGUGAUAAUUCCAAUUGCGGAAUCGUACUAUGUGUAAAAAUAGAAAUAUGUGUAAUUUUAAUUUAACGCAAGUUGCAGUUGGCAUAAUCGUCAAAGGGAAUAUAUUUGAAAUGCAUUUAUUAGAUAUAUAGAAAAUGUGCUAUGAUUUUGUUGUAAUAUUAAAGGUAACUAUAAAUGAAAUAUGGCACUAGGAAUAUACAGGUUUCAAAUUAAAUCAUUUUUUCAAUUUUCUGAUCUCUGGCAGUGAAUAGGAAUUCGAGGCUCUUAGAGACAUCUUGGACAUUCGAUUGAGUUUAGUUUAUUAUACUGCACAACUAGGAUAACGAUAACGUUACUUUUGGUCACAAAUGCAACUAGCUUAAUAUCCUAUCCCGUUUUCAACCAAUGUGCGCAUUAAUAUGUCAUAGUAUUAUACACCACAUGUUUAUAGAUCAUAGAUCUAACAUGGCCAGUUAGAUGAUAUAUUUAGAUAGAUCUUUUUUUCUUCCACAUUGAGGAGCCAUAUCAUCCAAAAUUGUUUCGUAGAAUUAUUUACUAAUUUUACUAGUUGCAGUAUAUGUAAAGUAAUUCCUUGUCUUACCAUUUGAUGUUGCCAUCUUACUAACUAAUUCUGAUUGUAAGUAGAACUCCGUUUACCCUCCAGUGAUCCUUAUU